AUGGCCUCGAGAUGGCCGUGCCGUUGCAAGGUGUGGCUGCCUCGCGGCGAGUCCAAGACGGUGCGGCUGGACCUCGAUGCGCGCGCCUUUGCAUUCUACGACACGCGCGCCGGCGGCUGGCGCGCUAGGGACGGAGCGAGCACGAGCUGGCGCGUCGAGGGCGGGGAGUACGAGCUCGUGGCGAGCGCCUCCUCCGAGGACGUGCGGUCGCGCGCCGUCGUGUCGGUGUCGUCCGAGGGCGCGGCGGCACCGCACGAGGGCGCCGUCGCCGCCAACCCGCCCUACGUGGAGGCGACAGACGAGGUGCUGGGCCAGAUGGGGCUGCAGGUGCAGCCGGAGCGGUCGGUGCGGCCCUUUGACCGGCGGACCACCGUCGGCGAGAUGGGCGACGAGGCGGGCUGCUGCGGGAAGUGCCUCUACUCGAUGCUGAUCUGCGGGAUGCCUAAGGCGACGAACCCGAUCGAGCACAGGCUCCGCCUCGAGAUGACGCGCACGCUGCCGCUCGAGAUCCUCUUCAACUUUGCAAACGGCGGACACCUCCGAGAGCCGUCCACUCGCGAGCCCCCUCCCCCGCCAGAGGGCUGCUAG